CCAAUACAGGCUUGAACUGCACUUAACAUCAGGCCAAUGCCAAAGACCCGCCCGCUGGCCGGGUGGUGAUGGCAGGGGGCGGGGGGUUCUCCUGGGGUCCAACCUCCUCCUCCUCUCAGAAAUUGGAAGGCUCCGGAGUCGUGGCUCACAUUUCCACUAAUCCUCCUCAGGAGACGGGAUUUGAGCGCGUGCCUCCGGAGCGAAGCAAGCUGGUCUCGCGGAGCAGCGGGAAAGCUGCGGGCGGCCUCGGUCCGCGACGUUCCUCAGGAGUCAGGCAGCGCCCCGUCGGGGCCUUCCGUUUGGCGCCCGGGCGAGUCUGUGCGGCUCCCCGGACGCGCGUUUUAUGGCGCUAGGACCCAGGCAGAGCGGAGCGAGUUCCGAAUGAGGCUACGGCGACCGUGUGAAAGUGAAUGGCUGGGGUGCGUCGGGAAAGUGGCCACGGAGCAAGGCGCGCUAGGAUCCCGGGCGGCCUGGGCAACGGCGCCUCCAGCAGCAGCGGCAGCCCCUAGGGGGUCUCUCUCCACCUGCCCGCGGCCGCAGCGCUGAGCACCAUGACCAUGAUCUUCCCGCCUGUUGAUGGCUAGUCAACUGGGUGAUGGGUAAAGUAUGACAAGGUUACCAGGGCUUCCCAGAACCAAACAGGAAGAAGCUGGUACUGAAUGUGGUUACAAAUGGCUCAACUACACUUAACCUGAUUUAAAUGGAUCAUGUGGCUUAGACAAGGUGCAUAGCGUAAUGUCCAUGCUGUGCUACACUCUGAUUAUAGCAUUUCUGAUUGGCAUAUGGGCAGCACCAAAAUCUGAAGAUAAUGCCCCACUGGGCUCCCCUGCAACAUCUGACCUUUCUGAAACCAGCUGGACUAAAACUCACCAUGUUCUGAAAACAUCUCAACACAGAGAUCAGAACCAUCCUGCUCCUAGGAAGGCAGAGGAUCAAGAAACUGGGUCAGCAGCAAACAUCAUUGUGGAUCCAAAGCUUUUUCAGAAGAGGCGGUUCCAGUCACCUCGUGUUCUGUUCAGCACUCAGCCCCCACCUUUGUCAGGAGAUGGCCAAAGUGUGGAGUUCCUGGACAGCGCAGACUCUCUUAAUAGGAAUAUCCGGGCCAAACGUGCAACUCAUCCUGUGCAUAACCGAGGGGAGUAUUCUGUGUGUGAUAGUGUCAGCGUCUGGGUUGCCAACAAAACCACAGCAACGGACAUCAAAGGCAAACAGGUGACUGUGAUGGUGGAUGUAAACCUUAAUAACAAUGCCUAUAAGCAGUACUUUUUUGAGACCAAGUGCAGAGAUCCAAAACCAGUAUCAAGUGGGUGCAGAGGCAUUGAUGCCAGGCAUUGGAAUUCUUAUUGCACCACAACACACACAUUUGUUAAGGCAUUAACCAUGGAAGGCAAGCAGGCAUCCUGGCGCUUCAUUCGGAUUGACACUGCCUGUGUCUGCGUAAUCAGUAGAAAAGCUGAGAACCUCUGAUUGACCAUUACUCCAGUACCCACUUUCUCCCAGCCCCCUACCUCAGCCUGUAAAUUAUUUUAAGUUAUGAGGACUCUAUGAUAUAUUUAUACUUUAUACAAGGAAAUAAAUGAAUCCUCAUUAUUUAUUAAAUUGUUUGAAAACUGAAUAUAUGGUGUGUGCAUUAAUGGCAUUUCUUUCUGUUAAGCAAAUGUUUUCUUAGCUUUCCCUUACUUUAUUAACAUGGUUGUCAUAAAAAAGAUUUUGAAGAGAAUGCAUGGCAGUUUUCAGUGCACUGCACCUGAUCUUUUUAUUUAUAUAUGCAAUGCUCUGUUACUCUAAAUUAGACCAAAAGUCAUUAUACAAGUCCAUUAGGAAAAUUCUCCCUGUUCUGGCCAGAAAUCUUGCAUUCAUUCAGAUUACACAUUUGAAAAUACAAUAUGAUAAGAUGCACGACUGCCAUUUUUUUUCAGCUAUGCUGACUUCCUUCUGUUUAGGUACUCCAAAUAUUAGAUUUGCAGCUGACUUCUUGUUAAAUUUGUCUUCAAUGCAAUCCCAUACAAAUCUAUUCAGAAGAAAGUUCCUUUGAGUUAAGUGGGGGAUAUUCCUGUACAACUAUG